UCUGGGUGUCAGUUUUUUUGCUGAUACAAUCCUCGCGUGGAUGCAAAUUUAUUUCGACGCACUCAGGUAAAAUUUACAUUAGUUCACUUUUAUAACUGGCAAAUUGAUUAACAUUAAGGAGGUAGCAACAUAAAGAGUGCAAGUGAAUAUUAUUGAUAUCAUUUACGGCACAGUUUGACGAAGGACAAUUAGACAAUUGGUGCAGCUGAACUUGACCUCUUCACGGCAAGUGGCAGUUAAAAUUCAUUGGGAAAUUAACUUGACAUUUCAGUUAACUAUCUUUGUGUGAUAUUGUAUUCGGUACUGUCAUCGGCGUUCAUACGAAUUAUGAAAAGGAUAAUUACUGUCGGGAACACCACUUUCAGGGAUAAAACGAGUGGAUUAUAAGAAUUUGCACGGCAAAGUGUCUGAUCAGUCUGCGGUACGAAUUCUCUCUUUUUUGUUGCCUUGUUAAAUUAUUCAAGCUGAUUUCACCUGUGCGCUGGUCAAGUGACAGAAUUUCCUAACGUUACGUGAGGUGACGGAGCAGCUUCUGCGAAACAGCGAGGCUGCGGAUCCCGCUCGGGGCGCCUGUGCCUUGUGUCGCCCGCCGGCGGAGCGAUGUACCGACCAGAUAUCAAUUCGAGUAAAAUACAGCUGACUAUAAGAAACACGACGGACUCCAUAGUAGCAGAGUGGAAUAAUCCACAGCCCAGGACUGGUGACCUUUGCUACUCCUCCAAUGUACAGUUCAGGAGCCUGACAGAUGGCAAGUGGGAGGGGUUGGAAGUUCCUGGGUUCUCCUACACCUUGCCCAGUCCAAACUGGAGGAAGAGCUAUGCGUUUAGAGUGAGGAUGAAGUACAGCUGCUCCCCAAUAGGGCCUUGGAGUCAGUGGACGCUGGAGAAGUGGUGGAACAGUACAUCACCACCUUCUGAAGCUCGGCAUAUGGACACAAACCACGGCAUUUUGACUUCUCUCAUUCUCAUACCCUUCAUCGCUUUCUUGCUGUUCUGCCUGUUUUCAGAAAAGUGGAUAAAAAGAAAAUGCAUUUCUCAAGUCCCUGACCCAAAGAACAUAGUCAGUCGCCUGUUGACCAUUGACGAGUCUCAGCUGUGGAACAGCCUGGAAAACCGCUACAUGGACUGUAUGACGGCGGACAUCGAGAUUGUUCCCUCAAAGGGGGAAGAUGGCGGAGACCCCAGAGGGGCAGUCUGCACCGAGGGGUCCACGCUGGUCCCAACAGUGGUGUCCAGUGAAAGCAGUUGCUCCCCUAGAGAUUGUGGCCAUAGCCCUGUGCACAGUGCCUAUGUCUACCUGUAAGGGGGCGUCGUGUCACGUCACAUGACACAGUGCUGCCACCACUCUUUCCCGGGAGUGGGAUGCAGUCUAGGAAUCGCCAGGUCACUGUGGCUUUGCCCUUGCCUCUUUAGAUGUCACACCUGAUUGGCCAGUAAGUCAGCUGGGUGGUUUGACAGCACUCAGUAGUUAUUCACUAUUAUCACAUUUAGCAUUUACAAAUAAUUUGCUUUAUACUUGCUUUAUA